CCGGUCCCUCCCCCCGCCGCGGUCCCUCCCCCCGGAGCCGCCGCCGCUACGGCAAAAGUUUUCGUAGGAGCGGCCGAUCUCCGCGGUGCCGGUGCCCGCCAGUCCCGAGAUGCGCCCGGGAGCCGCCGCCAGCGCCGCCCUGACAGGGUUGCCCACGCACCAGAGCCCUCACCGUCAGGGAAGAGGAGCCGCCGAGGGCCGGUAGGAAGCCAGGGACCCUGCGCUGCUCCCCAUGCGGCUCACGGCCCAGCAGAGGGAUGUCCCAAACGUGUCUCCUCAGCCUCCUGCUGCUGCUGCUCUGCUGCCAGGGCCCCUCUGCCCAGAUCACAGAUUUCGUCUUCGAGAGCUGGAAGGCGUACAGCGAGGAGUGCCAGCACAACAUAAGCCUCCUGCCCCCGCCCUCAGAGCUGGUCUGUAACCGCACCUUCGACAAGUUCUCCUGCUGGCCCGACACACUGCCCAACAGCACUGCCAGCGUUCCCUGCCCCUGGUUCCUGCCCUGGUACCAGAAAGUGAAGCACAGACAUGUCUUCAAGACCUGUGGGCCAGAUGGGCAGUGGGUGACGGGCCCCCAGGGACAGUCCCUGCGCGAUGCCACGCAGUGCAAGCUCGACGCUGAAGACCUGGAGGCACAGGAAAAAUUCGCCAGGACCUAUGGCACCUUCAAGGUGAUGUACACCGUGGGCUACUCCGUGUCGCUGUGCGCGCUGCUCCUUGCCCUGGCCCUGCUGCUGGGCUUCAGCAAGCUGCACUGCAUGAGGAACUACAUCCACAUGAACCUCUUCGCCUCCUUCAUCCUGAAGGGCGUCUCCGUGCUGGUCAUCGACGCCCUGCUCAAGACCCACUAUAGCGACAAGGUCGACGACUACAAUGUCCACAUCUGGCUGAGCGAUGAGGCAGCCGCGGGCUGCCGGGCAGCCACGGUCUUUAUGCAGUACGGCAUUGUGGCCAACUACUGCUGGCUGCUGGUGGAGGGCAUCUACCUGCACAACCUCCUGGUGGUGGCCGUCUUCUCGGAAAGGAGCUACUUCACCCUAUAUCUGUGCAUUGGUUGGGGAACUCCCGUGCUGUUCCUCAUCCCCUGGGCUGUAGUGAAGUUCCUCUAUGAAAACAUCCAGUGCUGGAGCACCAACAACAACAUGGGCUUCUGGUGGAUCCUUCGCUUCCCCGUGUUCCUGGCCAUCCUGAUCAACUUCUUCAUCUUCAUCCGCAUCAUCCAGAUCCUCGUCUCCAAGCUCCGUGCGCACCAGAUGCGCUACACAGACUACAAGUUCAGGCUGGCCAAGUCCACGCUGACGCUGAUCCCGCUGCUGGGCAUCCACGAGGUGGUCUUCGCCUUUAUCACAGAUGAGCACGCUCAGGGCACCCUGCGCUACAUCAAGCUCUUCUUUGAGCUCUUCAUGAGCUCCUUCCAGGGGAUGCUGGUGGCCAUUCUCUACUGCUUCGUCAACAAGGAGGUGCAAGCUGAGCUACUGAAGAGGUGGCAGCGCUGGAAGCUGGGGAAGGACCUAGCAGAGGAGUACAAGCACACCUACAGCCAUGCGCCCAGUGCCCGCAAUGGUGCCGGCAAUGCCUGUGAGAAGCACCAGUUGGUGAGCGGCUCUGCCAACGGGCUAGGACGCAGCACGGCUGCCGCGCGCCCCGGCACCCACUACCUCGAGAUGACCAGCCGCAGCACCACAGAGCACCUCGCCAUGGGGGACCGGCACCACUGCUACGAGUUCCCCGAGACCACAGCCGAGAGCCACUUCUGAGCCCACAGCUGGAGCAGGCUGUACCCCACUGCCACAGACUGAGUGGGCUGGGGCAGCCGCCACCUCAUUCCCCAGCCUCAUCCUCCUCCGGGCACUGUGUUGGACCCUGAUGCCACGGCGAGGAUGCUGCGCCGUGCCGGACAUGCAUGGGACACGACGUGGCUGGGCCAGCUGUGGGUGAGGCACAUGGCAAGUGGGACCUGGACCUCUGUGGGGAGGGGA